ACGUCCUUGAGCGCGAGCAUCGCCAGAAGCUAUAAGAGCAGCGGGAUAAGAAAAUAAGCAAAGCGAAAGAGGGACAGCUCUAACUGGUCCGAGCUUCCACUGCUGUGGACAGGUAUUAACCCCUUUGCCUGGAACAUUGUUCGCACUUGAUCCCAGUUUCACUUUUCAAGUUCGUUCUCCAUUGACCUGACAUUCGCUAGAUCAUCUGCCCGAAGAAAAACUCCUCUCAAUUAGCGUUCUCAAAAGUGGAUUUUUCUCCAUUCCAAGAAAACCAGAUGGUUCUUUGAGGUUUUCGAAAACUGAACUUUUUAAAACAUUACCUUUUAAUCUGUAUUUGUGAUAGCUGAGAAAACUUACUGGACUAUAGCACCUCGGUAAAUUUAGAAGAAACAGCAGGGGCCAGAAGGAGCUGCGGAUUUUUAUCGUUGCCAAUAUUUUAAAAGAAUAAAAUAAAUUCUUCACUCAUAAAACAUUUCUUAUGAGAUUCCAUGGGACAAAGCGAGUUCAAACAGCAAGAAACCUUGCGGAUAAUAUCAGGUUAACGUUUCCUCUGGCUUGAGCUGAUCUAAGCUGUUUUCUAAUUUAACUCUGCUGCAAUAUAUUUUUACUGUCGAACCUGGCUUUAUAACAUUAUGGCCUGUUUAAACACUCGUUACCACUUCAGUUUGCUGGUCGUCUUGGCUUGCUUUUGUGUACUGAAUUGUCAAAAACUUCGAGAAAAUGCUCCUUCUUCGUAUAGUCAAUCAGAUGAUGAUACAGAACCUGCAACAGCAAUCCCAGAACUUCAUGCUCGUCAACUCUGGUUAAAGAUGGAUAAAGAUUUAAAAACGGCUGUCGGAAAAAUUGUGAAGAAAGUUUUGCCUUUUCUGAUAAAAGAAAUAUAUCAAAAGGACAUAUCUGCUAAGUGUCUCAGUUCGCUAUUGCAACUGGCAUCGGCUCUUAAAGCAUCCAAGCUAUGGGUUUAUCAAUUGCUGGAUUCUUCUGGUCGCUUCCCAGAAGGCUUCUUGUCGGGAACUGUGACUUCGUUAGGAAAUUAUGAGGAAUGCGUCAAGCUCAAGGUGAAUGAAACCAAGUUUAAGAUGCAAGGCCAGUAUUGCACUCUUAAUUUAAUACCUCCUGUUCCUGCCUGGAAGCCAUUUACCUCGGUUCAUCUAACGGUUCCGGAAUUAUUCAAUAUUUCUGCCCCUGAUACGGUAAGUUUGAAAAUUUGA